AUGCUCAAGAAAAAGUUCAGAAAUAACCGCACCCGGAUAGACUUCGAUGACGACGAGGAGGUUGCUGCUAUUCCGAGCCUGCAGAAUUCUGAUUUCGUGGUGAAGAAAAAAGCCAAGAAGUUAAGAAGCAAGACAGGCUUGAGCUUUGGAGCCGAGGAGGAUGAGGAUGAAACCUUCAAGGUGACAAAGAGUUCUGCAAGCCGUCGACUUACGCAAACCAAACUCAAAAAGGAUUCAUUACCGCUCAAUUCAGAUCGGGCGGCAACUACCUCAUCACCGUAUACCAAGGAAUUCUUAUCAGAACUUCGAGCGAGCACCCCUGCCACUCCGGCGUCCUUUAAGAAUCAGAACGACAUCAUUGCAGAAAAGUUCCCAUCCACAUUUGGUUUCGAUGAGAUACCCGAUGAAAGCACGAUUCAAGCUGCCAAAAAGAAAAGGGUGGAGUUAAGGCAAAGAGGAUCUCUUCCGGAUUACAUACCCUUGAGCGAUAAUACGGACGUUAUUCGCGUCUCUGGAAAACAAUUGGAGUCAAGAUUGGUUCGCGAGGAGGACGAGGUGGGCGACGCUGAAGACGAGCUCGCACCAUAUGUCGAAGAAACGGUGGCACUCGGAAAAAGAGCGGAAAAAGAGCAGAAACGCAUCCGAAAGGCAGGGAUUGAGGAAAGGAUCAUGGAAGAGGAUGACGAGUACAUACAGUGGGAGAUGGAAGCGAUAAAAAAAGGUGGACACAUAUUUCGUCCACCUUCUCCAAAACCUCCCAAGCCAAAACCUCCAGAAUUUCCUGUUCAAAUUCCCUCCAUUGUUCCUAUUCCCACAAUAACCGAAAUUCAAUCGAUGCUGGAUCAGAAAAUGAUGGAUUUAAAGUUUCUUCAAGAAAAUCACCAGUCCCAACUUAUUCGAGUCCAAAGGGACAUGGAAAACAUUGUUCCAUCGAGCGAAAAAUUAGAUGCAGAUUUGGAAAAUACGAAAAAUCGUUACACCUAUUUUCAGGAACUCAGGUUGUUCGUUGAGAACCUGGUCGAAUUUCUCGACGUUAAGUUUCCUACCCUUGAAAAGUUAGAAAGUGAUUUUCACACUUUACUAAGCGAACGGUCGGAACUCAAUUUGAAAAGAAUUGCGCUGGAUGAUUCUGAUGACUUGGCGUUAUUUUGCGAUACACCUACAGGUUCGGCAGUUAAUGAUGCCAUUCGCCAGAAUCGUAGACAACAGCGUGACCGAAGGAGAGCAUCAAGAUUACAGAGUCGGAUGGAAAUUAAGGAUGAAGAAGAAGGGUUCUCCACAGAUGACGAGUUAGGGGAAGAGGACAAGAGAGAAUUUUUAUCCAGAUUUGAUGAAAUUUCUUAUUAUAACACAAAAUUAUUUGAGAACGUUUCCGAAGAGUAUGGAUCCAUGGAUUUGGUGAAAUCGAAAUUUUAUGCGUGGAAACGAGACUUUUACGAAGAUUACUCCAAGGCAUUUGGUGACCUGAGCUUACCCGAGGUGUUUGAAUUUUACGUGAGACAUGAAAUACUAUUAUGGGAAUCCUUUCAGGGACAUUCUAAUCUUGAUGAGAUGAAGUGGUUUCGAAUUCUAAGGGAAUUUGACGAUGUAAAUGCCGGUGAAACGAGUGCGGAAACGGGUGGCGGAAAACUCACGAGCAAAGUUGUUGAAAAGGUCAUUCUACCGAGGGUAAAGCGCCUGGUAGAUGUCAUGGAUCCCCACUCCUCUAGCCAAACAAAAUCUGCCAUCGAGUUUUUUGAAUCUUCGAUGAAAUUCGUUGACAAGAGUUCGCAAAAGUUCAAGGCACGCGUGGAAUUUACUUUACCUUCCCGAGAUUUUGCAUCGGCAAUCUCCAAACGACUGGACAACGUGAUCACUUCAGUAGAACGGGUUCCAGAAGGGUUCUAUUUUCAGACUCCCGAAAUAAAUUUAGAUGUUCUAAGGGCGCGGGAUAGAUAUUUUUGGCGCAAAUACAAGUUACUACAUAAUCUGAUAAUGUGGAAAGAUCACUUGUCGGAAGAUGCCCUCCGUCCACUUGCCGUGGAACAUUUGAUCGAUCGUUGUUUGUUGCGAGUUUUAGUUUCUUCGUCAACCGAUGCCUCAAAGUUUGAAAAGCUUCUGGACAUCAUUCCAGACAAUUGGCUCUCACAUUCGAUGCUGGAGAAAAUUGCACGCGGCGCUGCAGGAAUAUGA